AUGCCAGCAAUGGCCGCGGCGGCGCAGGAGCAGUGGUACAUCCUGUACGCCGUUCCAGACGUGGGGGACGAUGUGAUGGAGACGGUUCCGCUGCCGUCCCACCGCUCCGUCGCUUGUGGCGUCGCCAGCCCCACCGGGGACUUCGAAUACCCCUACAUCGCGGCCGCCGACCGCAGCGGCUUCCUUCUGCUCUGCGGCCACACCGCCGUCGGGCUCACCCUCUACGUCUGCGACCCGUGCUUCCGCAGGACGCUGGGCGUCUUCCCCCACGACGACGGCAUCAACUGCCGCCACUGCGUCGGCGAAACCUGCUUCACGCUCUUCUGCACGGUGGACCAGUACUCGUGGGUCGAGAAGGAGCCCGACUGCUCCAGCAUCUUCUCUGUCGACCUGCAGAACGGGAGCGUGGUGCAGUGGGGCAAGUUCGAAGGUUUGGGGAUGCCGGACGGCCCGGACCUGUCCUCCCGCCUGGUCCAUGCUUGGCAGUUUCCGCCGGAGCUCGCCGAGUAUCGCCCCUUGCCUGGUACCAUCUCGUGCCCUCUCUGUGUCAAGUGUUUGCACGUUAAUUUGCGUGUAAACAUGAUAAAUUGCCUGGUAGCCGCAUUUUGGCAAGCAACAUAG